AUGGAGAGGGUCUUUCGGAUUAUGAUUGACUGGGUGGACAGCCAAAACCUCCACGGCCUCACUUACGAGUACGUCCAGGAAAAAGGCCGGACUCCGUUCCUGUUAAUCGACAUCGCUGGCACAGAGCCAACCAAGCACGCGGUGUUUUUGUACGGCCACAUGGACAAGCAGCCCCCUCUGAGGUCGUGGGGGGAAGGACUUGACCCUACCAAACCGGUCGUACGCGACGGUGAGCUCUACGGUCGUGGGGCCAGCGACGAUGGGUACGCAAUUUUUUUGUCUAUCUGCAGCAUUGCCUCUCUUCAACGCAACGGCAUACCACACGGCCGUAUCCUCGUUGCGAUUGAAUCCGGUGAGGAGUAUGGAAGCCCUGAUCUGGAGUACUAUAUGGACCGUUUUCGUGAAAAAAUCGGGGUCAUGGAUCUCAUGAUCUGCCUUGACAGCGGUUGA